CUCGCAAAGCAUCACCGGCCUUGACCUCGUCUCUCCUCUCCCCUCCCCCGUCUUUUUGUGCCGCUGAUUUCCCUUCCUCCACCACAUCUCCCCUCCUUCGGACUCAUUGGAAAAGUGUUUCUUUUCUCUUGAUCCGUCAUCAUGAGCUCCUUGGGCAUGCGGAGCCUAGCUCCCGCAGCGAAGAUUUCCCGCACUUUGGGCCAGAGACGUCUCUUCUCUUCUUCCCGCCCGGCUGCCCGGAUAUUUGGCAACGGCCCUCUGCGCGCCAAGGAGGCCGAAGGCUUCAUUGCUCAGAAGUACCCCAUCAUUGACCACGAGUACGAUGCCGUCGUUGUCGGUGCUGGUGGUGCCGGUCUGCGUGCCGCUUUCGGUCUGGCGGAAGCUGGCUUCAACACUGCCUGUGUUUCUAAGCUUUUCCCCACGAGAUCUCACACUGUUGCCGCUCAGGGUGGUAUCAACGCCGCUCUUGGAAACAUGCACGAGGAUGACUGGAGAUGGCACAUGUACGACACCGUGAAGGGUUCUGACUGGCUGGGUGACCAGGAUGCCAUUCACUACAUGACCAGAGAAGCUCCCGCUAGUGUUCGUGAGCUGGAGGGCUACGGUUGCCCCUUCUCCCGUACCGAGGACGGCCGUAUCUACCAGCGUGCGUUCGGUGGUCAGUCGAAGGAGUUUGGAAAGGGUGGCCAGGCCUACCGUUGCUGCGCUGCCGCUGACCGUACCGGUCACGCCCUUCUCCACACCCUCUACGGACAGUCUCUCCGCCACAACACCAACUACUUCAUCGAAUACUUCGCCCUCGAUCUUCUGAUGGAGGACGGCGAGUGCCGCGGUAUCAUCGCCUACAACCAGGAGGACGGAACCCUCCACCGUUUCAAGGCCCACCACACCGUCCUGGCCACCGGUGGUUACGGACGUGCCUACUUCAGUUGCACUUCUGCUCACACUUGCACUGGUGACGGUAUGGCCAUGGUCGCCCGUGCCGGUCUCCCCAACCAGGAUCUGGAGUUCGUCCAGUUCCACCCCACUGGUAUCUACGGUGCUGGAUGCCUGAUCACCGAGGGUUCCCGUGGUGAGGGUGGUUACCUGCUCAACUCCGAGGGUGAGCGUUUCAUGGAGCGUUACGCUCCUACCGCCAAGGAUCUGGCCUCCCGUGACGUUGUCUCCCGUUCCAUGACCCUCGAAAUCCGUGAGGGCCGUGGUGUUGGUCCCGAGAAGGACCACAUCUACCUCCAGCUGAGCCACCUGCCCGCUAAGCUCCUGCACGAGCGUCUGCCCGGUAUCUCCGAGACCGCCUCUAUCUUCGCCGGUGUCGACGUCACCAAGCAGCCCAUCCCCGUCCUGCCCACCGUCCACUACAACAUGGGUGGUAUCCCCACCAAGUACACCGGUGAGGUCCUGACCCAGGAUGAGAACGGCAACGACCAGGUUGUCCCUGGUCUGUACGCUUGCGGUGAGGCCGCUUGUGUCUCCGUCCACGGUGCUAACCGUCUCGGUGCCAACUCUCUUCUGGACCUGGUUGUCUUCGGCCGUGCCGUCUCCCACCGUGUCCGUGACAUCGCCACCCCUGGCAAGCCCCACAAGGAGCUGAGCUCCGACGCUGGUGCUCAGUCCAUUGCCGACCUGGACUUCGUCCGUACCGCCGAGGGCCCCAAGUCCACCAACGACAUCCGCAGCGCCAUGCAGAAGGCCAUGCAGUCCGAUGUUUCCGUCUUCCGUACCCAGGAGAGUUUGGAUGAGGGUGUUGAGAAGGUCACCGCUAUCGACCAGUCCUUCGACCAGGUUGGUACCAAGGACCGCAGCAUGAUCUGGAACUCGGAUCUUGUUGAGACCCUUGAGCUUCGUAACCUGUUGACCUGCGCUUCUCAAACCGCCAUUGCCGCCGCCAACCGUAAGGAGUCCCGUGGUGCUCACGCCCGUGAGGACUACCCCGACCGUGACGACGAGAACUGGAUGAAGCACACCCUCACCUGGCAGAAGAAGCCCCACGGUGAGGUCAAGCUUGGCUACCGCGCCGUUGAGCACAACACUCUCGAUGAGAGCGAGUGCAAGUCGGUGCCUCCCUUCAAGCGUGUCUACUAGACGCAAUGUAUUAGCCUAGGGGAUGGUGGAGGAAAAGAGCGUGACGAAAAUUCGACCGUGUUUAUUUGUGUGUUCAUAUGUGUAUAUCCAAGGUUUCUUUCCAGGCGAUGAGUUUGGUGUACUCACGUGUAUUGUCUUUUAUAGCCGUUUACUACAUCCCAUACAAUGGAGUUUUUGUGUUGAGCCACAGAGUACUGUCUCGUGUUAAUGUCUUGCUGCAAAUGGUAAC